AUGCUGAACGGCUCUACUGUUGUCAGCAUUCCAGCUAACGACGUCCAUGCUCACCUGGACGAAUACAAGUUGAGCGGUGCUAGCUGCACUGAUCCGACUGUUGGCUGCGUCGGCGGUUAUGCGCGGGUCAAGGACAAGGUUGACGAGUUGAGGCCAGGCGUCAAGAACAGCCUGCUCUUGGAUGCCGGAGACGAGUUCCAGGGAACCUUGUUCUUCUCGGUCCUUGGAGCGUACCCCAUCUCGGAGACCAUAAACCAGCUGGGUUUCGACGUGUUCCUGAAUAACCUAACAUUCCCUACCGUCUGCGCCAACAUCAAGAUGAACAACACCGCCCUGCAGAAAGCGAUCAAGCCUUACCACAUCUUUGAGCACUUCGACGUUGCCAUCAUCGGACUCACCACCAAUACUACCACGACCAUCUCGAACCUGGACCCCGGCACAACCUUCACCGACCAUGUCCAGGCGAUGCAGCAUGCUAUUGACGAGAUCCACCGGACCACGAACAUCAAGCGCAUCAUUGCGAUGACCCACAUCGGCUACUCCUUUGACAAGAUCCUCGCGCAGCAGACGCAGGGCCUCUACAUGAUUGUCGGCGGACACUCGCACACCCUGCUCGGCAACAUCACUGGUGCCUCGGGCCCUUACCCGACCAUCGAGACCAACCUCGACGGCGACGAGGUAUUCAUCACCCAAGCGUAUCGCUGGGGCGAAUACCUCAGGUACAUCGACAUUAGCUUUGACCAUCAGGGCAAGGUCGUCGCCUACGAGGGCGCGCCGAUUCACAUGACGAACGCCACCGGCCAGGACGCAAAGCUCGAGGUGCAAAUCAAAACAUGGGCCCAGUCCUUCGCUGCAUACGAGUCGGAGGUUGUCGGCGUCUCGCUCGUCGAUCUCGACCAGUCGACAUGCCAAAAGAUGGAAUGCACGCAGGGCGACGUCCUCGCGGAUGCGAUGUUUGAGUACGCGCGGAACCAGUCGCUUGCCCCCGACCUCGCGCUCAUCAACGCCGGCACGAUCCGCUCCAGGAUCGAUGCGGGUGACGUGACGAUGGGCGAGAUCUUGACUAGCUAUCUGUUCAGGAAUGCGGUCACGACGCUACAGCUCACGGGAGACGUGCUCAACAAGGUGUUCGAGGGUAUCGCGAGUGCAACGAGUGUGUUUAACUCGGAGGAGGUCACGAGCUUUGUCCAGGUCUCCGCCAACGUCGAGUUCGUCUACGACCCUACCACCGCUGUCAGAAGCCGGCUUGUUUUGCUCCAUGUCAACGGCACCACGCUAGAUGCCGAUACAACGUAUACGGUCGUCACGUCCGACUACGUAGCGGGCGGAGGAGACAACUUCGUUGAGGAGCAGGCUGGCUUUGAGGUCCUCGACACCUUGGACGAAGUGUUUGCGGCCUACAUCGGAGUCCACACUCCGGUAAAUGUGACAUUGGAUGGGCGUAUCUCGAACGGCACGACGCUGUCAAGUCGGGAAUGGAGGCAUUCCGCGCUGUUUAGAAAGCAGCUUUGACAGAAUCAUCGUAUAUCUUCUGGCUCUGUCAUGAGGGAAUACAA